GUUUAUCUAUUCAAAUCACAAUGCCCUACCCACUGAAAAAACAGAACGUGGAGCUGUUAAGAACUUGACUGGUGGACAGAGCAGGUUCUAGAAAAGAAAGUGUCGACUGAACAUCAGUCUCUGAAAAUGUCAUAUGAUCCAAUCAUUGGGGCUAAAAUGUUUCGCUUUAUUUACACUUGGCGGGUGCCGGCAUGUGUGUUUUGUUUUCGCUUCAAGUGCCGAAACAGAUUCAUUGUCUCUCCUCUGGCCACAGACAGGAAAACCCACUUUGCAAAGUGAUGUUUAUGCAUUCAGCGUGGUGCUUCUUGAGCUCUUGACGGGGCGAAGAGCCGUGGACUCAAACCAAGGACCGGAUGAACAAAAUCUGGUCCUACAGGUGAGGCACGUCUUGAACGACUGGAAGAAGUUGCGGAACCUGAUAGAUCCCGAGAUGAAUCGGACUUCAUACACAAUGAAGUCCAUGACCAUGUUCGCAAGCCUGGCAUCGUGCUGCAUCUAUCCCAACAGCGGGGAGAGAUCGCCGAUGGCCGAAUGCGUCGAAGAGCUUCAGCUGAUACUGUACACGAAUUCGAAAGGCUUGAACAUGGCUUUGCAUAGAUUUGGUUAUCAAUGGCACAGACCUAGUUCAGGAGGUUUUCCUGUAUAGAGACGGAAGAAGAUAGAAAAACAGGACACGACUGAGAACGUACAUUAAAACUCUGGUCUUUUUAACCCUGCUGUUUCCAUGUAUUAUGGAAAGCUUUAACCUCGGGAUUUAAUACCGUAGAGAUAAAUCUUUUAAUUGUUUUCGAGUAUGCGAUUCCAAUGCUGCACUGAGA